AUGUCAGGUCACAGUCGAGACUUCGCUUUUAACACGGCAAACAUUGCCUAUGAUACAGGAAAACCCAACAGAGCCGAGUUCCAACGGAUCCGCAUCGAAAGGAUCAUAGGAGACCAGAAAACGGGCACAGCAAAUGACCAACACCCCUGCUGUCUUGUCGAGCAACAGGUACGCUCUUCCAGGGCCCUAAACCUCGACAGUUUUCCUAUCGGAAACAUUGCCUUGGUGGUUGGGGAGUACUUGCCAGAAAAGCCACCUAAAUUCCAUCGCCGCCAGCUUCCAACGCAUACAGAGGUGUUCAACCACAGAAUUCACCGAUACCUACAGACUCGGGACAAGACCGCCCCCGUUGUCCGAAUGAUCAGCUACGAUAGGGGUAUUUUUUACCGUUUGUUAAAAUGCAAUAACGGACACUGGAUUGCUGGCGCCUUAUCCGGGGAUAUCCAUGAACAUAUCUACUUCUAUCGCGAAUUUACCGAUGGCGUCAAAGAGGAGCAGAAAGCUAGUCGACUCACCAAGUACAAAGCAAACAUUGAAAAGAAAUCACUAGAGCUCAUUGAAGUUGUCUACAGGAGGAAUCACAAUGAUGGUUCAAAUGAAAUGAACGACACCAACCGUUCCAACGACGAGAAUGACACCAAUGGUUCUGACAAUGAAAAUAACGCUGAUAGUAUACCUAUCUCUAGGGCUGAGCCUGAUAGCCCUCUUGCACAGGCUGCGGAUGAUGUGUUCACUCUACUUAGUGCCGCCAAUCGCUCCGUCCACAAUCACCCAGUCCCACAGAACAUUACUGAUGUUUUUGGAAAACUUUUCAGCGGUUAUAUUAUUGAUGAGGAGGGCGCCAAAUCUGUGGCUGAACAUUGUGUGACCCUAUGGAAGCAUGACUGUCCAGUACCGGCCAUUCGAGCACUGGCGCAGAGCAUCCGCAAAGGUGCGUUAGGUCAGAUAAAUGAAGAAGCUUACCUGGCACGAACUUUGAUAUACAACUUUUGCACUCUCUACGAAAUGAUAGGCAGUAUUGCCGACCAUGAUGCGCUCGCCCAGAAAGCGUACCUACUCGCCACGAAAACUGUAGACAAGCCAUACAUACACAACGCUAUGAAGCAGGAGGGCAUCGAGAUUCUAGAUACCAUGCUUCGCAUCCAGAGGCUACAGUUCAAGGCGAUCGACGAGACACGAGAAGCUGACAGGGCACAAAUCCCCAAUAUAUCCAAGCUGCUUGAUGAUACUGUAAGCGCUAUGGAUUACCCCAGUGCAGUGGAAUCCGCGAAGAAAUUGUUGGUCCUUCAGGGAGCCAAGCAUGACAGAACCAUGGAAAAGGUCGCGGACAUGAUUGAAAAAGAGCACGAGGGUUUGAAAGUACUGCGAGAGACAUUGGUAGGUCAUAGAGAUAAUCAUGGUGAUGAAAAUAGGAGUGAUAUCGAGAUGUCUUAG